AGCGAGGAAGGAUAUUAUUAUAUCAAUUAUAAAAUGAUUAUUUCCAAGUAUUUUCAUAAAAGUUGAAGUCCUUUAUUGCACAAGCAUUCGAUUUUCUUCCCCUCUGCUUCUUCUUCUGUUCUCCGAUGGCUUACGAUUACAGAAACAAGCCCGGCCACUACGAUUCUCACCCGCCGAUGUACGGCCCGCCGGCUUCCGCCUCCCCAUCGCCGUCGCUUCAUCCAAUGUAUGGUCACUCUAUGUCUUUGUAUCCGAGGAUCGGUCAACAAGGUCAUUCGCCGGCGCCUCCGGUGGCCCGAAUCUCCUCCCACCACCAUUCUUCUUCUCCUUCACCUCCAUCUUCUUCAGGAUUGGGCAUCGGGGUUACAAUCAAGCCGGAAUAUCGAAUUACUCCGCCGCCUCAAUUAUCGCCACAAAUUAGAGAUAUUCCUCGGAGCAAUUUCCAAUUUGAUUUUGAGUUUGAGAAGAAGGUUUUAGCUGAAGCAGAGAAAGAAACACAGAAUUGGAGUCGGUUUGGGUUGGACAAUCUUCCUGCUAAACCAGGAGAACCGACAUCUACAAUGGGCUCUCUUGGAGAUCCAGUUGCGAGCAAGUAUAUUGCAUCUGGCUUGAAUCGGGAAGCUGUACGGUUUGCAGUUGCUAAUUAUGGAGACAAUCCAACCAAGGUUCAAGAAUUCGCGAAAGGCUACACACUCCUACGAGAAAUGGGAUUCUCAUCGAAUAAGGUGGUCGAGGCAUUACUCAUGUACGACAACGAUACCGAUAAGGCUGUAGCUCAUUUUCUCAGCGGUAAUGAUGAAUGAUUGAUUACGUUAUUUUAUUUUAUUAUUAUUAUCAUAUUAGCUUUUGGAUCGAGUUAUAUGGCAAAAUUUAAUCAUCUGAGAGGCUGGUUGCAAGUUCAAUGGUCAAGUGAAAUGACCAUAUAUAGGUUCCUUAUUUGAGAUUUGGUUUUGAUUCAUUAUUUUUUUCUAGCGAUAACGAUAUUACAAAUGAUCCAUAUGUAUCAUGUUCUUCCAAUGACAAGGUCUAGCAAUUGUGCCUUCUGAUUCU